ACCCAAAAAUCAGAAUUGAAAGAUUACUGUGAAAAGCUUCAACCGAAUUUCAACGGAUCGAUCCGAACGAAAAAGUAGUGAAGAAUCAAUCAGAACAUCGAUCGGAAUGAGGCGGAGGCCGGGAAUCGGAGGUUUACAGAACGCCGCCGCCGCUAGGGAUCAAUACCGACUGCUUGGAGAAAAUGUGGCGAAAUUGCGAACAGAUCUCAUGAAAGAACAGCUCUCCACUUUUCGUUCUCAGUUAGAAGACUUCGCCCGCAAGCACAAGAAUGACAUUCGCAAGAACCCGGCAUUCCGAUCGCAGUUCCAUGAGAUGUGUGCGAAUGUCGGAGUGGAUCCUCUGGCCUCAAAUAAGGGUUUCUGGGCUGAGUUGUUAGGGAUCGGUGACUUCUACUACGAACUCGGAGUACAAAUUGUCGAUAUUUGCUUGGCAACUAGACCACUCAACGGAGGUUUAAUCAGCUUAGAAGAACUGUGUAAAAUGCUCGGUCAAAGGAGGAAGGGGGCCCGCGAGGCUAUUUCUCAGGAUGAUUGUUUACGUGCCAUAAGUAAGCUGAAGGUGCUCGGUAACGGUUUUGAGGUUAUUUCUCUCGGUAAGAAGAAGCUCGUUAGAUCUGUUCCUACAGAACUGAAUAAAGACCACAAUGAAAUCCUAGAGCUGGCUCAGGGACAAGGUUUUGUGACGGUUGACGAAGUCGAGAGACGGCUCUCUUGGUCUUCUGGACGUGCAACAGACGCCCUCGAAACUUUAUUAGAAGAAGGUCUUGCCAUGAUAGAUGAUGGUCACAAAGAUGGUAAACGUCGAUAUUGGUUCCCCUGCGUAUCUUCCAUCUCUUCGUACGCAGCAACCGAUAAUAUUUAAGGUUUCGUCAAUUAUGUAUAAUUAUUGUAUUUAUGGUUAGAAAAUACUCUUUUGCAAAUUUUGUUGGACUUUUUUUUUUUAAUAUUUUAUUUUUCUAUAUGUGGGAUAUAUUUCAUUUCUUCAAGUCUGCUGCUACAUUUUGAGGUUAAUUAAUUGCGUAGGGGUUAAAUUAAAAAUAUUUCAUUU